AUGGAGCCUCGCAGUGGCCGGCAUGCUGUGGUGGAACCAGCGGGGCCAGAGGUGUCCGUGGCCACAGGAAACUUAGACUUGCCGCAGUUCGAGCCCAGAGAUGUCGGCAGCGCUGAGCAGCUGAUGCUGAGCCGCAUGCCGGAGGGGCACAUGAUCACAACGCACUCCUCCAUGGCCUUGCUGGAGGGAAAGGUGGAUGCCGAGAAGCUCAAGGAGGCGCUCUUUUGGGCUAUCCUGCGGCACCCCAUGCUGCGGGCUGCAGCGCGUGAGCCCACUGUACUAGCGAAAGACACAGGUCCAUUUUUUCACGGAGGCCAGGACGGCAGGUGGCGCUGGGAGCCCACGAGCCUUACCAAGGAAGAGAUUGUGCAGCGCGCCCUUGUGGUCGAGGAGGUAAGCGGCGAUUUUGACGCAAAGUGCAAAGAACGCUUUGAAGCGUCCCUGGACAAGACGACCUUCGACUUGGAAAAUGGCCCCCUGUGGAAGCUCAGACUGCUCCGUCAAGCGGGCUUCCGAGGUCCCCGGGGUGGCCGCAGCACGUUGCUUUUCAGCUUCGUGCACUCCGUGGACGACCAGAAGAGUGCCAACAUCCUGCUGCAUGAGCUCCUCACCCACAUGGAGAGCGCCGAGAAAGGCGAGCGAAUCGAAGAUCCAACGCCUGCAGCGUUGCCAGCUUCCCUGGAGGACGUUUUCCUUCAGGAUGAGCUGGACGUCCAGAAGCUGGCGGGAUAUGCUCUCUCACAAGCCACAGCUGGCGCCAAGCCUUUCAUGCAGCUUCCAUCCGCUCUUCGUGCAGCAGAGCGAAACGUGCGGAAGAACUUUGUGCUGAACCCCGCUCAGCCCAUUGCAAAGGAGAGGAACCUGACGGUGCCCACAGCAUCGGCAGAAGGGAACGCGAAGCUGCUCAUGGCUGAGGCCGUUUCUCCACAGAGCGGCUUCUGGUCUGAAAGCCGCCAGAAUCUAGUGGCUUUCCGACACCUACCUGCGCAGCAGCUCUCGCAACUCCGACAGCUUUGUAGAGAGAACAACGUCACCGUGUCCAUGGCUGUAGCUGUGGCUGCUCUGCUGGCGGCUAGCGACAUCAGCAACGACGAUAUGGACUUCGCUUACGAAGCGUACCGCAUGCUGCUGGGGGUCGACAUGCGCCGGUUCGCCCCCGGUGGAGACUGGACGCAGGGGACAAUGGCUUAUGCGUCCGGUGCCCUGGACUUCAUGCUGCGAUUGCUACCAAAGAGUGGCCAGGCGUAUUCCGCGGAGCAUGAAAAUGCCAGCAUACGUUCAAAAAUAGGAGGCGUCCCAUUCUGGGACCUGGCGCGAGCGUCUGCUUUCGCUGUCCGUGAGUGGGCUGAGAAAGGUUAUGCGGCCGAAUCAACACGGCUGUUUGACAUUGGGAUUCGCUUGCUGCGCAUGGACAACAUCAUUCGAGAAACUGCCAACGAUCCAAAUACUUUGGGCCGGGCCUACUCGGUCACCGUGUCCAACGCCGGGGUUUACGGCCAGGGGCCCGAUGACGGGCGGUAUGGCAGCCUGCGACUAGACAAGAUCUACUUUGGCAUCUCUACAGCCAUCAGCGGAUCUUUCAUGUCCGCGUCCUGUUUGACAGUCAAUGGAGACCUUCUUGUCACUGCUCACAGUGCGGCUCCGGUCGCCAAUCGCUCGGAAUUGGAUUCUUUCGCAGACUCGAUGAUCCGAUCACUGGCCGUCGCUGCCAUGGAGCCGGUGCCCAGAGCAAGUAUGGGCACUCCGCCUGUGGACAAUCCAAUCGAUCCGAGGGGAGGCCUGCCUUGGUAUUACUUAUUGGAGACGCCGAAGGGCACCCUCCAAUGUCCCAAGUAUGAGGAUGUCAGGAGUCCAACUUUGCCGGCUUUCAAUGUGGACAAGUAUGUUGGAGUGUGGUAUGAGCUAGCCUUCCACGACAUCACUCAAUGCAACGGAUGUGGGUGCACUCGCUUCAAUAUGACACGCCACGGCAACGUUAUUGAAGACAUGUUCACCGUAACGUGUCCGUGGCCGUGGAAGAAAGGUGUUGAUGGCCCUUGGCUCCCAGGAUACAAUGCGAAUGGCAACAGGAGGAUGAACAUGUGGACAUGCAACAUGACGAUGUACUACAAGCCAGCAGAGCCAGGAGUCAUGCUGGAAACAGGCUUUGGUCAAGAGUUUGACAACAUGGUACUGGAAAUCUGGAGUGAUCCAGAAAUCACGGCCGAGACUGGCUAUGAAUACACCCGUGCCAUACAAUUCCAGUGCUUAGGCUCCGAGCAAGACGGCAUCACCUUUACCGGCAUCAACUUUCUGUCCCGCGUCCCCAUCGUGAAGCCUUCCAUGUUUCAAGAGAUGUUCAACAGGGCGCGAGCACUGGGACUUGAGCCCUACGGUUCCAAUGAUAUGCACGUCGUGGAGCAUGCGCCAUGGCUGCAUAUUGAGCUCGGACACCUACAGCAGGGUGCAGAUAUCCGCAGAGCACCGAUGAGACGUGGAUGGGAGAACGCCCUGAGUGGCCUUUUCCUGUAUUUGCAGGGGAUUUCGGCGCUCAGAUCUGAGCAGGAUUGCUCCGCUCAACCACUGCGAAGGUCACACUUUGGCCGUGAAGGUUUUGUGCAGCUGCGAUUGCCAGCGAACGUCGCUGACAUUCUGUUAAAUUUGUUCGCAGCCUGCGCACUCCAGGUGCAGGUGAUCGAGAGGCUUUGCUUGGCCUUUGCCAUCCUGCCAGCCAGUGCCACUCUCGUGUUGCAAGGCUUCGGGCUACGCGGGAGCCUCGGCAGAGAGACCAAGCCCACCGCCUGGAGCAGGGCUGGCGAGGGUCUCGGUCACUGUGAGCGCAGCGUGGAGCACUUCAAGGGCCGAAGGCCGCUGGAGCGCCCACCGCCUGCCAUCAUUUUGCAAGGCAUUCUCGGCACCGAGGGAGGCAGAGCCAAGCUGGAGGGCGAGAUCAAAAGCUUCUAUGCGGAACGAGGCUUUGGCUUCAUCUCGUGCCAGAAGGUUUUUGAGAUGAUGCGGUGCGAUGUGUUCUUCACUCUUAACGAGGUGUUCGAUGUAGAGGCUUCGCAGGUGGAAGAAAAGGUGCGCAAAGGGGUCAAGUGCAGCUUUUUCUUCACCCUGAACAAGGACAGCCGCCCGCAGGCUCGUGUUGUCCGUCUGGAGAAGGGAACUGCAGACGACGACAGGCCAGCACAUCAAAGCUCCAAGUUCGACAAGACCGAGGCUGAAGACGAGAAGUACACUGGCCGCAUCAAAUCCUUCAAUCCUGCAAAGGGCUAUGGCUUCAUUAGCUGUGAUGAGACGUUUGCAAGGUUCAAUCGCGAUGUCUUCCUGCACCAUUCACAGCUGAAUGGCUUCAAGGCUGGCGAUGAAGUGAACUUCAGAAUCUUCGUGGACAGGACGAAGGCAGAUGCGCAGGCCAAAGCCCUUGACGUUCAGGCUCGAGGGAUGAUGGCCGGGGGGUUUGCUGGAAUCAUGUCGUGGACUUGCGUGUCACAAAGAUUCACGGCGAUCCUGAAGAAGCAGUGUCUGAGGCAAAACUUCUGA